UUUGUUAAAACAUCCUCACUAAUCAUCGAGUCUCGCUGAAAUCAAGUGUAUUCAAGGCAGUGAGAAGACGAAAGCGAUGAAAUUUUGUGCGCUCAUCUUUCUGGUUUAUCUCGCAAUUGGCGCUGUUGCUGGCAAAAAAAAAAAACUUUGCAGCCAAAUAUUGGACAAGUUGUCAGAUCUUGAGGACCUGAUUAACAAGAAACAGGACUGCUGUGUACCAGAGCCUGUCACGCCCCCAAGUUCCUGCAAAGAAAUAUACGACAAAGACAGUGCCAGCCCAAACAAAGCGUAUGACCUCAAGCUAGGCGAUAAAGAUGUGUCUGUGUACUGUUCCAUGAGUGGGGAGCUUGGAGACUGCGGUGGUGGGGGAUGGACACUGGUCAUGAAGACUGACGGUGCAAAGCACACCUUUAGUUACAAUGCAAAAGCGUGGUCUUCAAUGUCUUCAGUCUCUCCCGAAAAUGGAGACACGGGCUUGGAUCACUUGGAGACCCUGUUACCAACGUACUGGAGCACGUCCUUUACCAAGAUCUGUCUCGGCAUGAAGGUCGAUGGAGUAACCAGGUUCUUACGAGUGAAUAGGGCAGCAGCCUCACUGUAUGCCCUCAUUGCUGAUGGUCAGUACCGCGCAACCUCGCUGGGUCGAGAUGCAUGGAAGGGACUGGUUGGUCCCAAAGCCUCCCUCCAGCGCAACUGUAAUCGAGAAGGGUUCAAUACGCAGGGGAAUGCAAAAUCUAAUCCUAAGAUGCGAAUUGGUAUCAUCGCUAACGAGCAAAAUGAAUGUAAUUCCCCUGAUUCCAGAAUUGGGUUUGGUGGAUGGGGACCGAUAGCCGAAGUCCCGUGUGGAAACAUAGCCAGGCACGGCGGGGACAACGGAGACCAAACCAUUAGAGCCUUCGGAUACAUCUUCGUUCAGUAAAGACACUGAACUGCUCUGCUCAAGGAAAAAGCUGCAUACGACAUAAAGCAUGCUCUAAUCUCAGUAAUGGGGAUUUUAAAUGUGGGUUUUUGCUUUUGCUAUUAAAUGAAGGGAAAAUAAAAGUGGGUCAAUGAAUCAAA